GAAAUGAAAAUCACUUGUUGUCUUCUCUCUCUCCCGUGAAGCCAGAAAAAUACUCUUUAUUUUCUUCUCUACAGAUUCGUAAGCCAUGACGCUUGCAACUGGGACCUCUUCUGUCUUGUCGCUGGUUUUCUGUGUCGUUUUCUUGAUUUCCCGAUUUGUAGGGGUUGCAUUUUUUGUAUAUAAAUUUGUUGCGGUCUUGGAUCACUGGAAUGCGCGGGUGCAAUACUCACUCACCCUUCUACUUCUCAUGCAAAGAACUGAAAUGUUCUAACUUGACUGAACAACCGAGAAAUAUUGGCAGGAGGAGGCGGGCAAAUAUUUAUUGGUUGCUGAGCGGGAAGAUGGGUUUUGUCCCCUUAGUUUGGUUUUGCCGGCCAGUAACUAAUGGGGUUUGGGGUCAAGAAACAGACAGCAGUUUUGGUGCUUAUACACCUUGUGCCAUUGACUCCGUUGUGGGAAAUGUAUCACAUUUGGUUCUUCUUGGCUUGUGCUUAUAUAGAAUAUGGCUCAUCAAGAUUAACCCCAAACUCCAGCGGUUCUACUUGAGAUCAAACUUCUACAAUUAUGUAUUGGCGGUGUUGGCCAGUUGUUGUGCUGCUGAGCCCUUGUUUAGAUUGGUUACGGGCAUAUCAAUCUUUAAUUUGGAUGAAGAGUUGGGUCUUGCUCCUUUUGAGAUGGUUCAUUUGGGCAUUGAGUUUGUCUCGUGGUGUUCUAUGGUUCUUAUGCUGCUCAUUGAAACUAGAAUCUAUGUAAAAGAGUUCAGAUGGUACAUCAGAUUUGGAGUAAUCUAUGUUUUAGUUGGAGAUGCAGUUAUUUUGAGUUUUAUCCUUCCACUCAAAGAUUUCUAUGUCAGGUCCACGCUCUAUAUGUGUAUCAGUUCAGUCUUCUUCCAGGUUUUGCUUGGGGUACUUCUUCUUUUUUAUGUUCCGAAUCUGGAUGUCUUUCCAGGCUACAUUCCUCUAGUGGACUCCAUUGAUGAUGCCAAGAGUGAAGAGCCUCUAGGAGAGCAUAUUUGUCCAGAAAGAUACGCUAAUAUAUUCUCCAGGAUUUACUUCGACUGGAUGACUCCCCUUAUGCAGCUAGGCUACAGAAAGCCCAUAACCGAGAAAGAUGUCUGGAAGUUGGACUCGUGGGAUCAAACAGAGACAUUGAAUAGAAAAUUCCAGAACUCUUGGGAGGAAGAAGCUAAAAGAUCAAAACCAUGGCUUUUACGUGCUAUGAACCGUAGCCUUGGAGGAAGGUUCUGGUAUGGAGGCUUCUUCAAAAUUGGUAAUGAUCUUUCUCAGCUUGCCGGACCUCUUAUACUGAACCAUCUUUUAAAGUCUCUAGAAAGAGGCGAUCCAUCCUGGGUCGGAUAUGUCUAUGCAUUAUCAAUUUUUUUCAGUGUGUCACUAGGAGUGCUUUGUGAGGCUCAGUACUUUCAGAAUGUCAUGCGUGUUGGUUUCAGGCUAAGAUCCACAUUGGUGGCUGCUGUAUUUCGGAAAUCCUUACGGCUGACACAUGAAGGCCGUAAGCAGUUUCCAUCUGGAAAAAUAACGAAUAUGAUGACGACAGAUGCUAAUGCACUUCAGCAAAUAUGCCAGCAACUUCAUGGUUUAUGGUCGGCCCCUUUUCGCAUAGUCAUGGCCAUGGUUCUUCUCUACCAGCAGCUAGGCAUAGCUUCACUUCUUGGUUCGCUUAUGUUAGUCCUCAUGUUCCCAAUCCAGACUUUUAUCAUUAGCAGGAUGCGAAGACUAUCCAAGGAGGGACUGCUACGUACUGACAUGAGAGUUGGUUUGAUGAAUGAAAUUCUGGCUGCAAUGGAUACCGUGAAAUAUUAUGCAUGGGAAGAGAGUUUCAAAUCAAAAGUUCAAAGCAUAAGGAAUGAUGAAUUAUUGUGGUUCCGGAAAGCCCAAUUACUCUCAGCGUGCAAUACUUUCAUACUAAACAGCAUACCAGUUCUCGUGACGGUGAUUUCAUUUGGGACGUUCACUUUAUUUGGUGGAGAUUUAACACCUUCCAGAGCUUUUACAUCACUUUCCUUAUUUGCUGUUCUGAGAUUUCCUCUGAAUAUGCUCCCUAAUUUGAUAACUCAGGUCGUAAAUGCAAAUGUAUCUCUACAGCGUCUUGAAGAAUUGUUCCUUGCUGAAGAGAGAACUCUGUUACCUAAUCCACCUCUUGUACCAACUCUUCCAGCCAUCUCAAUCAAGGAUGGAUUUUUUUCAUGGGAUUCUAAGGCUCCAAGGCCUACAUUAUCCAAUAUUAAUUUGGAUAUACCAGUUGGCAGCCUAGUUGCUGUCGUUGGUGGCACUGGAGAAGGAAAAACCUCAUUAGUAUCAGCAAUGCUUGGAGAGCUUCCUCCUCUGGGAGAUGCAAGUGUCAUAAUCAGAGGAUCUGUAGCUUAUGUUCCUCAGAUUUCUUGGAUCUUCAAUGCCACUGUACGUGAAAAUAUAUUAUUUGGAUCAAGCUUUGAUCCAGCAAGAUAUUGGAAGGCAGUAGAUGUCACUGCAUUGCACCAUGACCUUGAUUUGCUUCCUGGUCGUGAUCUUACAGAGAUUGGUGAAAGAGGAGUGAACAUUAGUGGAGGACAAAAGCAAAGAGUUUCAAUGGCAAGGGCUGUGUACUCUAACUCUGAUGUUUACAUAUUUGAUGACCCGUUAAGCGCACUAGAUGCACAUGUUGCUCGACAGGUUUUUAAUAAUUGCAUUAAGGAAGCACUGGGAGGAAAGACGAGAGUGCUUGUCAUGAAUCAGUUACAUUUUCUUCCCCAGGUUGACAGAAUAAUUUUGGUCUCAGAAGGUAUGGUGAAAGAGGAGGGCACCUUUGAGGAGCUCUCCAAGAAUGGUACAUUAUUCAAGAAGCUAAUGGAAAAUGCCGGCAAAAUGGAAGAGCACAUACAUGAAAAUGGAGAUGGGGCGAUUUUUUCCCAUGAAUCAUCUCCAAUUUCAUCUACUGCAGAUCUACCUGAGGUGCAAAAAGACGCAAACUCGAUUAGCAAAUCCAAAGAAGGCAGAUCGGUUCUUAUCAAGCAGGAAGAACGCGAGACAGGGAUUGUCAGCUGGAACGUUUUAAGAAGGUACAAAAAUGCUUUAGGAGGCUUGUGGGUCGUAAUGAUAUUGUUUGCAUGCUAUACAUCGACUGAAAUUCUGCGAGUUUCGAGUAGCACGUGGUUAAGUGUGUGGACAAAACAAAGCACUUCAAAGAGUUACGGCCCUGGUUUCUAUAUUCUUGUGUAUGCUAUAUUGUCCUUUGGUCAGGUGCUAGUGACGUUGACAAAUUCGUUUUGGUUGAUCAUGUCAAGCCUUAGUGCCGCUAAAAGACUUCAUGAUUCAAUGCUAUGUUCCAUACUCAGAGCUCCGAUGGUAUUCUUCCAUACUAAUCCAAUAGGACGGGUGAUCAACAGAUUUGCAAAGGAUCUUGGUGAUAUCGACCGCAAUGUUGCCAAUCUUGUCAAUAUGUUUCUAAGUCAACUCUGGCAGCUGCUUUCGACUUUUGUGCUCAUAGGAAUUGUUAGCACUAUAUCCCUAUGGGCCAUAAUGCCACUUCUCAUCUUAUUCUAUGCAGCUUAUCUUUACUAUCAGAGCACAUCCCGGGAAGUAAAACGCCUGGAUUCCAUCACCAGAUCCCCUGUGUAUGCUCAGUUUGGAGAAGCAUUGAACGGGUUGUCCACAAUUCGAGCAUAUAAAGCAUAUGACAGGAUGGCCAGUAUCAAUGGGAAAUCGAUGGACAAUAAUGUCAGAUUUACACUGGUUAAUAUAAGCUCAAAUCGCUGGCUUACCAUAAGAUUGGAAACACUGGGCGGUAUCAUGAUCUGGUUGACAGCAACCUUUGCAGUUAUGCAGAAUGACAGAGCUGAAAAUCAGGUCGCAUUUGCUUCUACUAUGGGUCUGCUCCUCAGUUAUUCUUUAAAUAUUACAAAUUUGUUGAGUAAUGUCUUGAGACAAGCAAGUAGAGCAGAAAACAGCUUAAAUUCAGUUGAACGUGUAGGCACGUAUAUAGAUUUGCCAUCUGAGGCGCCCGAUGUAAUUGAAGGAAACCGGCCUCCACCAGGAUGGCCGGCAUCAGGAUUGAUUAAAUUUGAAGAUGUUGUCCUGAGAUACAGGCCUGGACUUCCUCCGGUUCUGAGGGGAUUAUCGUUCACUAUCUAUCCGCACCAGAACGUUGGCAUAGUUGGAAGAACUGGUGCUGGUAAAUCAAGCAUGAUCAAUGCGUUAUUCAGGAUAGUGGAACUUGAAAGGGGAAGAAUCCUAAUUGAUGAUUUUGACAUUGCAAAAUUUGGAUUAACCGAUCUGCGCAAGGUUCUCAGUAUCAUUCCACAAUCUCCUGUUCUUUUCUCAGGUAGCAUUCGAUUCAAUCUUGAUCCUUUUGGCGAACACAAUGAUCCAGACCUCUGGGAAGCUCUGGAGCGGGCACACUUAAAGGAUGUCAUCAGGAGGAGUGCUUUUGGCUUGGAUGCUGAGGUUUUGGAAGGAGGUGAGAACUUCAGUGUUGGGCAGAGGCAAUUAUUGAGUCUUGCUCGAGCAUUACUUCGGAGAUCAAAGAUCCUUGUUCUUGAUGAAGCAACAGCUGCAGUUGAUGUUAGCACUGAUGCUCUUAUACAGAAAACCAUCAGAGAAGAAUUUAAAUCCUGCACUAUGCUCACCAUUGCUCAUCGGCUCAAUACCAUCAUCGACAGCGACCAAAUUCUUGUUCUCAAUUCUGGUCAGGUGAUUGAGUACAAUACUCCAAAAGUUCUUCUCAGAAAUAAAGCAAGUGCUUUCUCUAAGAUGGUUCAAAGUACAGGGCCUGCAAAUGCUCAGUACUUGCAGGGCUUAAUUGAGGGAAGGGAGAGGGAGAAUAAGUUUAGAAUAGGAGGGCAAGUUGAUGGGGAAAUGAGAUGGCUUUUAUCGUCCCGCUGGAAUGCUGCUACACAGUAUGCUCUUGCUCUCAAUCUCAGUUCUUCAGUAAAGGAACUUCAGGUGUUGGACUCUAAAGAUGCGGAGAAUGUAAUCAGCAAAACAAAGGACGCUGUAGCAACUCUGCAGGAGGUUUUGACUGGGAAACAUGACAAAGUCAUUGAGGAGACACUUGAUCAAUUUGAGGUUCCCAGAUAUAGAUGGUGGUCGGCUUUCUACAGAGUGAUCGAAGGUCUUGCUGAGAUGAGCAGACUGGGAAGAAAUGGCUUUGAACAAGUCGGAAAUGGUUUGGAAGAUGCCUCAGAAAAUUGGGAUGAUCUUCAAAUGUAGAGUGACUAUGCUUGGAAAACAUGGCUGAAAACAUGCCCAUUCCCGAUCUACUCGGGCUUGCUUGCAAAUCCUGCCCAGCUUCACGUUAUCCUGCCUGAUUCAAUUAGGUGGAAUCAAAUAGAACACUGUUGGCAAGCAAAUAAUAGCUGCCAGAAGAAUAGGUGAAGUUGGCAAGCAAAUUGCAGGCGAGAUUCAGACAUUCAAAACAGACGAAUGGGGACCAUGGAGAAAGAAUCAACCAAAGGUGAAAAUGACAUGAUUCUCUUUCAAAACGUAAGAUUAGAUCAUGUAAUGUAGCAAAGAUCUGAUGUAUUGUAUGAAGAAUCUGUUUUGGGUUAAGGAAAAUAAUUAUUCCA